CUCCCUAUACUGUAUUCUUUAAUGUUUGUACCGAGCGGUUCUUCUAGUAGGAUUCGAAAGAUGGUCCAAAAUCUAAAAGUCUCCGACAAGACCGCAAAGGUCGACAACACCGCAAAGGUCGACAACACCGCAAAGGUCGACAACACCGCAAAGAUCGACAUGACCAAUGCCAACCCACAAUCCCAGUCUCCACUCUUUGGAACUGUCCCCCCUGAAAUCCGCAACGAGAUCUUCUCACUUGCUAUAGCGGAGUACACUCAAUCAGAACAACAAAUUGAAUGGGCGCUGCGUGCUCAAGUUCUGGAAGAAACGGUCUGGAGUGAAGAAGCUGUGAAGCCCCCUGAGACGUACUUGAGAGACACAUAUUACAGGCGUCCCGGACAGGAGGGUGAAAAAAGGGUCGACGUAGCGCUAUUGCGUACCUGCAAACUAAUCUGGAGUGAGACCAAAGCACUACCCGAAAAGGCGGUGGAGAUUGCUCUGUGGUUCGGUCAUAACACGCGGGCGCCACCAAGAACGAUUCGCAAGAUAAACGAUCUCUCAGUCCCGGGCCACGUCGAUCGAUUGAUGCAGAAAUUCGAGAACCAACCAUCAUCUCUCACCAACCCCGUACACAUCUACGCUCAAAUGUUCAAAAUCCGCAGCGCGUUCGGAUCACUGCGGAGAAUGCAUCAAGUGGCCCCCCGCGAAGUAACUCUCACCUUGCGAUACACCGAUUGGUGGUUUUGGGAAAACAAUGCCGCAAUCUACCCAGUCUCGUCGACACCGUUCUUCGGCACGCAGGAUAUUGUUUUACCAAAGUCUGUGGAGAAGGUGAUCAUAGAAUUCGAGCACACUGAGAUGAAGCGGCAGCAGUUGGAAGGCGUGAUUGGGGAGUUGUAUGCCAAAAGAAACAGUUGGAGCUGGGAUAGAGAGGAUGGUGCGAAGCUGGUCAUGAAGGGCGAUGGGACAGAAGAUGGUGUUAGAGAGUGGGAUUGGAUGGGCCCUACAUGUUUCAAUAAUCGGCGCUAUACGCAUCAUGGGACUGGCGAUACCAUGAAGAUGAUUGUUAAGGUUGUUGAAUGGGUAGUUGAGAAGUCUGCUGAGAAGGACGUAUGA